UCAAAAUCGAAAACCUCUUUCAAAAUUAAACUACUUUUUGAUCAGAAUUACUAAAACAAACUUGCACCAUCAUUUAAGACUUCAAAUACCAAAUUUAAACGAAUAAUAACUUGGUAGAAUGGCAUUCAUUCGUUCCAAGCUCAAUCUGGGAUCGCUGGCUCGCGUUGCCUUUCGAUGGAGCGGUCCUGGGAUGGCGCUCGUUAGCUACAGCAGCCAGGAGCCAUAUUUGGUGACGGCUGUGCAGGGCAAGUCGAAGUCCAGGAUUUCCGGUGAACAGUCUGUUGUGCAGCUUGGUGUCCUGUCAGGAGUCCACCGAAGAUUCCCUGUCGCAGUCCCGCAAAGGAAUCAGGCCACCCAGUGCUUCGGGGAGGACAGCUAUUUCUUCAGCUCAUCGCCCACAGCCGAUGUCAUAGGCGUGGCGGAUGGAGUGGGCGGCUGGCGCUAUAUGGGCAUCGAUGCCGGGCUGUUCGCCAAGGAUCUGAUGCAUCGUUGCUUCACCCACGCCCAGCGGAACAACUUCGAUGCGCGGCAUCCACGCAAUCUGCUGAUCCAGUGCUACGGCGAAAUGAAGCGAAAUCGGAAGCCCAUUCUGGGCAGCAGCACCGCCUGCGUGGUGGCCUUGAAUCGCAGUGAGUCCGCCCUUUACACCGCAAACCUAGGGGACAGCGGAUUUAUGGUGAUCCGCAAUGGCAGUGUCUUGAAUCGCUCCGAGGAGCAGACCCACUGCUUCAAUAUGCCCUUUCAGAUGAGUGUGCCGCCACCAGAGUCGAAUCGUGAUUCGUGGUUCUGCGAUGAUCCUUCGUUGGCGGUGGCAACACGCCUUCUCCUGAAGCCGAACGACCUCGUGCUGCUGGCCACAGACGGACUCUUCGACAACAUGCCCGAGAGCAUGCUGCUCGAGAUGCUGGCCAAAGUGCAGGGCGCUCAUGAGGAGAAGGUGCUGCAGGAGGCGGUCAAUCGUGUGGUGGCACGGGCCGAGGCUCUUUCGACCAACCCCAUCUAUAUGUCUCCAUUCGCCAUCAAGGCCCUGGAGAACAAUGUGGAUUAUCCGCGUGGCGGCAAACCAGAUGACAUAACCGUGGUCCUUGCCAGCGUGGCGAUGCGCAAGCGGCAAACCACUGCGGGGAAUUCCACUGAAUUUUAGGGGGGUGUGUGUGUGUGUGUGUGUG